AGAAGGAAAAAGAAAAGAAUUACUCGCAAAAAAAAUAUUUAUUUCUUCUUCCCUUUCGUUUCCAACGCUAGAGCCCCCUCCUCCCUUCAAACCUGCCGUUGCCGAAGGGAAGUGGUUGCCUGACGCCGCCGACAUCCGAAGCCCUAGCUGUCAACGUCUCAGCCGCACACUUUCAGUCAAGUUUCUUCAAGCCGCGCGUCGGUCGUCAACCUCGCCGACGUUGUUGUCGCGCGCCGCCGGAGUUCCUCAGCCUCGUUGCGCGUUUUCUGUCUGAGCGUCCCAACCCUCGCCGCCUGCAAUCAUCCGCGCGUCCCCCGACAGAGCCGUUACACGACCAAACCGCGCCGCUCCUCAUCUGGUUUGUCAGUCGGCCGCUCCGUUUUGUUCGCCAGUUCGUGGGUUGUUGUUCGCGCCUUUGGAUAGCCACGUGUCUGUCUGGUUCUUCCAGUCGCUGGGUCUUGUCAGAUAUGUGUGUUUUGGGGUUACCAUAACCCAACGUCCACACAGAUAAGGUUUAGAAGCCUAAACUCCAUCAUCUACGAUUAUCACUGCAUAUCACCAGUUGCACUCCGAUCCACCGCCUUUCAUCGGUAGGAUCGUAGGUCGUCAUCAUGCGCUCCGGAAACUUGAGCAACUCGAAGAAGAAGAAUAAGAAGAGUAACAAGACCAAAGAUGAGAAAAAUGUUCCGUCUUUAGCCUCGGAGCAUACUGGCAUCAACCAUGAUCGAGCCAAGAAGAAAAUUAUCACUGAUGCUCGGUUCUCAUCCCUGCAUUCUGAUCCUAGGUUUCAGAAUGUCCCCAAGCAUAAAGCAAAGUUUGUUAUUGAUUCACGAUUCGACCAGAUGUUCGUAGAUAAGAGGUUCUCUUCGUCGUCGGCUCCAUUGGACAAGCGAGGCAGGGUUAAGAAGGGUAAGUCGGAGAAUUCAUUACGUCAUUAUUAUAAACUUGAAGAGAAAAGUGAAAGGGAUGAGGAUGGCAAUGAGGAUGGUGUGGAGGUAGAAGAGGAUGACAGUGACACGGUUGGUAGUGAUGUCGAGGUAGAGAAAAAGAAUCAGAGAUUAGAGAAACUUGAUUCAAGUAGUGAGUUGGAGGAGCCAGAGUCGGAGGAUGAUGAUGAUGUAGAAACUGAAGAAUCUAACUAUACGACUGAAACAGAUGAAGGUGAUCUUGAUGAUAUUUAUGACGAUGAAACACCUGAAUUGCCGGUGGAAAAUAUUCCAGAAAUUGACAAGGAAACUCACAGGCUUGCAGUUGUUAACUUGGAUUGGAGGCAUGUGAAGGCUGUUGAUUUGUAUGUGGUACUAAGUUCAUUUCUUCCAAAAGGUGGGCAAAUAUUGUCUGUGGCAGUUUAUCCAUCUGAGUUUGGGCUUCAACGUAUGAAAGAAGAAGAAUUGCAUGGUCCAGUUGGACUGUUUGAUGACGAACAAGAGAAAAAUGAUGAGGAUGAUGAUGAUGGCGAAGAGAUGGACAAUGAGAAAUUGCGAGCUUAUGAAAUGAGUAGGCUAAGGUACUAUUUUGCUGUGGUGGAAUGUGAUUCUAUUGCGACUGCUGAUUACCUUUAUAAAACAUGUGAUGGAGUGGAGUUUGAAAGGUCAUCAAAUAUUCUUGACUUGAGAUUUAUUCCCGACUCGAUGAAAUUUGAACACCCUCCAAGGGACAUUGCUACAGAGGCACCAUCAUGUUAUGAAGUUUUGAAUUUCCAUACCCCAGCCCUGCAGCAUAGUAAAAUCCAUCUUUCAUGGGAUGAGGAUGAACCCCAAAGAGUGAAGGCCUUGAAACGAAAAUUCAAUGCGGAUCAGCUGGCCGAUUUGGAGCUCAAGGAAUUUCUGGCGUCUGAUGAAAGUGAUAGUGAUGACGAGAGUGAUGACGGAGAGCGAACAGACAAAAAGCGUAAGAAAGGCGAUAAGUACCGUGCCUUACUUCAAUCUGAUGAAGAUGGCGAGCAGGAUGGUGGUCAGGAUAUGGAAGUGACUUUCAAUACUGGCUUAGAAGAUAUAAGCAAGCGCAUCCUGGAAAAGAAGGAUAAGAUAUCUGAGACAUUAUGGGAGGCUCAUCUGAGGAAAAAACGCGAGAAAAGGAUGGCUGCAAAAAACAAAUCCGCACACUCAUCAGAUGAUGAAAACAGUGACACUGAUAGAGAAGUUGACGAAGUGGAUGACUUUUUCGUUGAAGAGCCUCCAGUCAAAGAAAGCAUGAAGGAUCGAACAAAAAGUAUUAAAGAUAGGGAACAUGUUGGUGUGGACGGGUCAGUGGAAGCAAGCAGAGCGGAGCUCGAGUUGCUACUUGCUGAUGAUGAGGGCGUUGAUACUGGUAUCAAAGGAUACAAUUUGAAACAUAAGAGGAAAAAGGGGAAGGAAGAUAUUGCCGAAGACAAAAUACCCACAGUUGAUUAUGAUGAUCCGCGGUUUUCAGCACUCUUCAAUUCACCUCUCUUUGCUUUAGAUCCGACUGACCCUCAGUUCAAAAGGAGUGCCGCUUAUGUUCGUCAAGUGGCAUUGAAGCAGCAAAAGGGCGACGGAUAUCAGUCAACAAAAAGUCAGCAUGGCAAGUCUUCCACAAAACAACCUGCAGUGUCUGGGGAAGACGAGGUGAAUGGUGAUGCCCCUGUUAAGAUUGAGGGAGAUUCGUCAAAGAAAGAGAAGUACGAGCUAUCGUCAUUGGUUAAAUCAAUUAAAAUGAAAUCAAAGCAGCUUCAGUUGCAAUCUGGUGGUGGUAAGAUGGCGAAGAAAGAUGGAAAAGAGCGGUUUCCAGCAAAGGAAGAGGAAUUGCAGCCACCGACCAUGAAUAAGUCUUCUAAGAAGAAGCAAAGGAAAAUUUAAGAUACAGCGGAUUGAAGUCCUUGAACAGAACAAAUUGCAACAGGGAAGGAGUUGUAAGUUUUGACAAAACAGAACAAAUUUCCUUAUGUAGUCGGGAUACAUGAAAGACCGGAUGAAUAUUGAUAUCGGUUGGUAGCUUCAAUUUAUAGGCCACUAGACCAAUACGUUCAAUAAUCUGAAAAGGCUUUAAUAAAUCGAGAUGCAAGCUUUGGAUGUUUGUGGA